AUAAUAAGGUGACACUAUGUGUGUCAAUAUUAGAUAGUUCCUUUUUGCUCAUUUGUGCCACUCUGAAUGGAGGGUACUCAGAAUAUCUUCUUUCCUUUUUCUUUCUAAGUGUGGUAGUUUCGACAUUUACUGCACACAUUAAUUUGUUAAGUAAGAUCCAUAUCAAAAAUGAAUUACUACUUUCCACAUUUUCUAUUUUAAAGAAAAAUAUGUUUAUUAUCAUUUCUCCAAAAGGAAUGUUCACGCUCUCUUUAAUAUUUAUGCUUAUCUUUUUAUAAGGCGGUUUAGUAAAUAAAUCAAGAAAUACAUAUAUUACUAUAAGGGUGUUGAUUUUAUGAGUGUGACAUUAGCGGAGCCAAAAACUUCCGUGGUCUCGGGUGGGCGAAAGAAAAUCACAUCCAAGUUUACCGACGGAUCUGAGCUCGUUGAGGAGUAUGAUGUCAUCAGUGAUGAUUUAAUGCUCAGGAAAAGACGAAUUCGCAAUGUUUUAGGCGGGUGGAAUGAUUGGAUUAUCGAAAUCGGGGCAGAGGAACGGUUACGGAAUCUUGAUCAAUCGCUCAUAGUAGAGUCUAUCGGGAACCCGCAGCUUGUACGUCAGGAUACCGAGAAGUUUCACGUUUUCCGAAUUCGGAACCUUACAUAUCCAAAGGAUACAUUUAUGGUAGAAGUUGAAAAGAACAAUAAAGAUCCAAUCGGCGAGAUAGUAGUCCAGACGACAAACAAGAAGUACUAUAAAAGAAUUUCUAUUCCAGAAAUGGUUCGUGCAGAAUUACCUCUGGAUCCAUCACAUCUUAGCUUUGAUGUCAAACACAACACGCUGAUUAUUAAUUACAAGAAGCAUGUUUCCAUUCUACAAAUUGAAUCUCAGGCGAAGAAAGAGCGAACUUCUUUACCAUCAAAGCGUGUUGAGGAAAACAACGCUAAUUGCGCACAACAAUAGCUCAUUUUUCCUUGUAUUAAACGGCUUUUAGUAAAGUUGCCAUACAAAGAUAGAUAAAUAAGCUUUAUUAUCUAUUUUUCUUUGUGUGUAUUUGUGAUGUACGUUGUAAAAUAUUGUGAAUAUUUAAUGAUCGCCCAUUUUAAUAGCAUUGUUCACAAUUUUACAUGUUUAUUUGUGAAAGACUAUUUGGCUUCAUUGAUGCGCUAAGUUUUUCUUAUUUGUCCUUUCAAAGCCUGAAUAAAUAAAUCAA